UGGCCUGUCUCGUCGCGAGAAGCAGCGGCUGGGGGCGUCUGUGCGGACAAACGGAAGUGUAGGUGACGGUCCCAGAUAUCGCCGCCAAGCUGGGAACCGGGGAGAUGGCCGAGAUUGACCCCAAGACCGUGCAGGACCUCACCUCGGUGGUGGAGACACUCCUGCAGCAGAUGCAAGACAAAUUUCAGACCAUGUCUGACCAAAUCAUUGGGAGAAUCGAUGACAUGAGCAGUCGUAUCGAUGAUCUGGAGAAGAACAUCGCAGACCUCAUGACCCAAGCUGGCGUGGAAGAGCUGGAAGGUGAAAACAAGAUACCUGCCACGCAAAAGAGUUGAAGGUUGCUGGUAGCUUACACUGAAAUGUGGAACACCACUUCUCCAAGCCAAGAGGAAACCGAGUGGCUUUUUGCACCUAACUACUAUGUGUAGACAGGUUUUAUGUUCCAGAGUGUACAUUCUCACCACGCCCUAUGAAGUUAGUUUAUAGAGUGACUCCCCCAGUUUCUGAAACACGGUAUCCUCACAUUUUGGAACUUGGUCAGUUGUCUCUUAAUUAUUAAACACUAAAACUUUGGUGGUUCCUGCA